ACCGCGCGCCAUGGCCGCCCGCGGCCUCCUGGGCCUUCUGCUCCUCUCGGCGCUGCCCCUGCUGUGUCUGGAGCUGCGGCGGGCGACCCCAGACCUAGGAAUUAAAGAUAUAAUUUUGCUCUGUGGCCGGAUUUUCUUACUGCUUGCUCUUCUUACAUUAAUUAUUUCUGUGGCUACCUCAUGGCUGAACUCUUUUAAAUCUUCUCCAGUUUAUCUGAAAGAAGAAGAAGAGGAGAAUGAGAAAAGGCAAAAACUUGUGAGGAAAAAGCAACAAGAGUUACAGGGUGAGAAGGCCAGCGUAUACCGAGAGACUGUUUUAAAACCUCAGCAGGAAAUGAAAUUGAGAAAGCUGGAGGAGCGCUUUUAUCAGAUGGCAGGUGGAGCCUGGAAGCUGAGCACUGGCCAUAAGCUUGGGGGCAAUGAAGAUCUGAUGCAUGAAAAUGAGAGCCAGACAUCUUUUGAAACAUCAAACAGAGAAGCGGCAAGGAGACGUAACUUGCCUGAACCUUCAGUCAGAAUUUCACCACCUGUUGAACAAUCCACACAAAAGAAGGUUCUUGUUUUACCUGAGGAGCCUCCUGAAACAGCUGAAGACGCUGUCACCGUUGCUCUGCGAUGCCCCGGCGGACGCGCCCUGAGGAGGAGGUUUCUGAAGUCCUGCAGCUCACAGGUCCUGCUGGACUGGAUGAUGAAGGUUGGCUACCCCACAUCCCUCUACAGCCUUGCCACCUCCUUUCCUCGAAGGGCCUUGCGAGUGGACGAGGGCUGGUCGCUGCAGGACGUGGGAAUAACCGUGGACACUGUCCUCAACGUGGAGAAGAAGGAGCAGAGCAGCUGUGAGGAGUGACUGGUUCUCCAGCAGAUGAACCAUGCUGUGAACUCACGGGCCAAUAAAGGGUUUACCAGAGACUCGUGGCAGACCGUUUUAGCUCAAGGAAGAGAACGCUUUCCUACAGCUCUCCAAGGGAGAGGACGAGGGCAUACGGGAUCAGGAAAGGAUGGUUGUGGGGGCCGUAGGACGGCGGGUAGGGCUCUGGCCUUGCAUGUACCCGUGGGCUUUAGUCGCCAGCACCCCAUGCUCCCCUGGGCCCUGAGCUCUGAGCCAGGAGGAAGCCCUGGGCAAAGCUGGGUGUGACCCACCAUUUUAAAAAAUAAACAAGAUUGC